AUGACUGACCAGCUUGAACCGCUCCCGCCAUACCCAGGCACAACCGGCAAUCUUCCCACAUACGCAUCUCUGUUUCCCAACGUCACUCCUGAGACCUUCAAAAUACCUACGGAGGCGGAGCAGACUAAGAUCAUUGAAGAUGCCAACAAGACGAACAAGCGGGAUGCAGUCGACAUCGGAGUAACGGUCUUCAAUACGUUCAGCAAAAAGGAUGACACCGAUGAUGGUGAGGUGUAUGGAUUCUUGAGGAUCGGUAUCAAGCGGCCUCUUGGGAUCCUGACACCAUACGUCGCAUACCAAUCGCCCAAGCCCAAGGCACCAUGGACGGAUAUAUCAGCAGGAAUCGAGAUGAUCUAUGACGACGAAAAGAGCUCCGGUACUGCCCCCAAAGUGUACCACUACGUCAAGAAAGCCAUUCCUGAAUCCGACUGGGCCUUUGACAUCAAGGUUGAUCAUCUAGGGCGGGAGGAUGCUAGCUUCGUCGGAACCCUCACAACGGUCAGUGGAACCGUCCGCUGGGAGGGCAGCUUUGUGACAAAAGCUCCAGUCGAGGUCCUCGUAACGUCAAAGCCUAGCGAGCAGCCCGAGGACAUUGAAGGCUCUGCAGAAGAGCUUGUCGGUUUCACUCCCUAUGCGGGACAGGACGAGGGAGAUAUCAAGAAGGGACAGGAUGCCGCUCAGGUGUAUGGUGACGCCAUGAUGGGUAGAAUCUCGAUGCAUGCUCUGGACCCAGAGACCAAGAAGACGCUCUUGCCUCAGCUCGAUGAGCUAAACGGCGAGGAGAAGCAGCUUCUCAAGGACAACCCGGAUUUCUUUCGUCGCUGGGCAAUCCACGAUCUUGCAGAACGGCUGAAGAAAGAGAAAAUGCUCAGCGACGAAUUGCGAAAACACAUCUUAUUCAAGAAACACUGGUUCUUGAAGAUGAUGACUGAGAAUACAAAGUCAACCACAGGUGACAAUGCUUUUAUCAAAUAUUGGGGUAGUCGAACUGCUGAGAACGAGAAGGAGACGGAAAAGCUCCGUGGACAGUAUCUCGACGUUACUUCGAGAUGCUACAACGCAGGCUUCCUACACAAAUGUACGCGGCUGAAGAUAUACUGCCAAGACGAUAGAUCAGCGAUCUAUUGGUUCAAACUUCUCGAAGCCUAUCUCUUGUCGGAUGAGAAGGUGGACGAGCUCAGGUAUAACUCGAAUCACCAACAUGUCAGCAAGGAUGCUAUCACGGUUCAAUCGGAGAUCCUCCACUGGGGCCAGAAGAUGACGCUACUGAGGAACGCAGUAAAGAAUGUCGAUGAGCGGAGGAAACUGGACGUUGGAAAUGUCAUGACCACGCUGAACGGGCAUAUAACCGAUCACGCCGCGCAAUAUCAACAAAUCAUCGACAACGACUUGGCAGGCCAUCUAGACGCGUACAUCAAGGAGAUGGACGGCAGUCCUGAAGCAAAGAAGUGGAAGGAGAUGCUCGAGAAACGGAUGAAGGAGUCGUCAGAGGUUGCCAACCAUCAGCGCGAACUCGCCGCAUCUCUCGCCUUCCGAAUCAGCUCGGACUCGAGCGAGAUCGGGGAGUGGAUCAGGCGCCGAAAGGCGCUGACGGGGCCGCCCGGCAUAGUCCAGACCGGCGCCUUCCGGCCGACCUUUGAGCACAUCAUCCAGGAGAUGCGAAAUGAGGAGUUCAGCCUUCUCUUUGAGAAGGACCCCGACAAGAUCCUCGCCAUGACCCCGGACGAGAUCUGCAACCGCUGGGGGUUCCAGGCCAUGAUUGCGGCCGAGCUCGAGGCGGAGCUCGCGAGCGGCGAGAGGCCCCCGCCUGGGCCCAAGCCGUCGUUUGGGCAGCGCAUGAAGAACGGGGCAAAGUGGGUGUGGCAAAAGGCCAAGGACAAGAGCAAGAGCCCCAAGUUCUGGUGCAGCUUGGUCAAGAACGUGCUCCACUAUGCUUCGGCCCUCGUCAUGGUCUAUCAGCUGAAGACCAACUGGGGGAACAUGAAGGCUGCCGAGGUUGGGAUGCUCAUCUCGUACCUGACUGCAUUCGGGGUUAACCAGCUGGGUAACGCCCUCAAGAGCGGCCUUCGGUCCAUCUGGGUGAGGCUCAACCCGGGUUGGUGGCAGGCAAAGAUCGGAAGCGUCGUCGGAUGGCUGUCGAACGCAGCCGUGGAGAAGAACGCUUCUCGAUGGGCUCGUUUUGGUUACGCUCUUGUUGGAAACCUGAAGAAUACGUUGCGUUUAGUCGGGUUGGCUGGUCUCUGCUUCUCGCUUGUGGUGUGCUACAAUGAGAUGAACAAGACCCGCGACGGACUGGAAACGGACGCCGAACAGAAGCGUCUCAUCUUUGCAAGGAUUCAAUUCGCGCUGACCCUCAUCGAAACCGUGGUAAUCACUUUCGAAAUCAUUUUUGAAAUGCUGGGCAUGGUGACUGCUGGCGCCUUCUGCGGAGCGCUAGGGGCAGUCCUCGGGACAGUGGGCUUCGUCGUCGCCAUAGUGUACAUUUUAGUUGCGAUGCCGAAUCCCGACGACGAGGCAAAGAAGUUCCUCAGGGCAUUUGCCAAGCCGGUGGGCAGUUAUGAUGAGGGUCAAUCAGCCGACCCAGCGGAUGAGCCUGGAGUGCAGUUGACGACGGAAAAGAAAAACCAGUAA